CAUGUAAUUGUCCCCUCCAAAGUUGAUAUCAGAUUUUCGCCAAUGUACGAAACAUAACAUGCCAUACUAAAUUGAGUAUAUCGGAUUUACGUACAGAAUAAUACCAAAUGCUCUGAGACCAGGUUGACACUGCCCAUGUUUAAUCACUGUUUAAGAGAAGAUUGCAGAAUUAGCUUGCUGUUAAACAUUCUGAUUGGUUUCAACCUUCCAACUAAAAGUCCCAAUACGACAAGUAAAACUUUACAUUUGUAUUUUGGGAUAUUUUAUUUUAUUUUAUCAGAAUUUGACUGAAGUAAUGUUGGAAAAGCGUUCGGAAAAGUGACAUCAAGAGAAGAUCACACGAGUGAAUACACGACAGGAGUGAAGCCACUGUCCACAUAAGACGUUACACAGCACCGACCCUGUUUGAACUGCUAGCGCCUCAUCUCAUCUCCCUCCAAACAACUGACUGCUGUCAUCUUCCAUGGAUGUGUAAUAUUUGUGUGUGUGUGUCUGUGUGGGUGUCAGUUUAUCGCCCUCUAUCCGUGUGUGUGUGUGUGUGUGUGUUUGUCUGUGAGAGAAAGUGAUUCAGUUUCUCUUUCCCUGCGAUGCCACUGCUGCCUAAGGAGGCAGAACGAUUCGAUGGGCUAUCUCUACUAUAUUGGACUAUCAUGGGACCUCACGGCAUCAACCGGGCCAUCGAGAGACUGGAGUUCUGUGACUGCAAGAAAGGACUGGGGUUGAAAAUCAUAGGUGGCUACAGAGAUCAAACACGGGAAGAGUUUGGGAUCUUCAUCAAGCGGGUGUUACCGGGAGGUCUGGCUGCUCAGGAUGGGCGGCUUAGAACGGGCGACCUCGUUUUGGAAGUCAAUAAUAUGAGUUUAGGAGGACGAGUAACCAACGAGAGGGCGGUUGAUAUUCUUCGGUCAGCGUCAGCCUCCAAUCACAUGUCUCUGAUAGUUGCCAGGGACGAUGAAAGCAGGCGGGAGUUCAUAGAGUUGAUGAAUAAGUAUGGCUCUCAAAGCAGUUUUAAAGGAAGCUCAGGGAGAGUCUCCCCUACACAGCUUUCUACUGGAGGCAAGACAGACACGGCCUCCUCCUCUUCCUCCUCCAGAUCUACCAGUCCCACCAGCCAGCUCCUCAGCCCUAAAGAGGGGGUCACAGGACCCCCUUACACCCCUGGACCCCUCUAUACCACUGGGCCCCCCUAUACAUCGAACCCUAACACAACCCCUACACAGCACGUCUUCAACAACGACAGCGUCAUUCAGUUGAUAUGUGUCUCAAAGGGAACAGGCCUGGGCCUCAUCAUCAAAGGCGGAGCUAACCAAGCUGAGGGACCAAUGGUGUUGAUUCAGGAAAUAAUACCUGGAGGAGACUGCCAGAGGGACGGUAGACUACAGCCAGGAGAUCAGCUGGUGUCGAUUAAUAAGGAUUCGUUAAUUGGAGUGACCUAUGAGGAGGCUAGAAGUAUCCUUACACGCACCAAACUCAGACCAGACCCUACGGUGGAGAUAGCGUUUAUGAGACACAGGUCUUCCUCCAGCUCUGCUUCCUCCAGCAGUGGCCCCCAGAGCCCUAUCACCCCCCAGGGCCCAGUCAGCGGAGCCCCCGCAGUGCCCCCCAUCAGGAGAGAGACCCUGGCCGUGCUGGGGGCCCUGCCUCCCCCUGCAUCACUGCUCCAGCACAGGAGAACCACACUCCCUGCAGCCCUCCCUGAGGUUCCCCUGGUGGUGCCCAAGAUCACCUCCACCCCCAACCCCGCCAGCGAGACCCUGCCAUCUGUCAACCUUAGCCAGGUUCGAAUGACAACAGAACAGACGUGUGUCUCCUCCCCCCGUCAGACUCCCAGCACCACAGAUGCCAAGCCUGAAUCCUACCAAGCCUGUCAGCCAAACAGCAUCCAGCACACACCACACAGGAAGUGCUCCCUCAGCUCCAUCAGUCGCCUCAAACUGGAGAGGCUGGAGCAGGCUCUGGAUGCAUUAGGAUUGAAUCCUACAGAGGCACAGAGACAGACGUUGAGGGCCAGACUACGAACAGACCCUGCUGGGACAGUGGCCUACGCAGACUUUGAGACACUGACACGGGAGCUGUUCAAGCUUCAGUUUGAGGAGUCAGGGGUCGGAGGUCAAGGCUCAAGGUUCGUGUCAGAUGACCUCUCCAGUCUCCUAGAGUCACCCACCAACACGCCUUCACUGUCUGACUCUGAUGACCUGGAGGAGAUGGAGAGACUGAGGAAAGACCACAUCGAGGCUCUGAGAGAGAUCAAGAAACUACAGGAGCAGUUGGCAGAGUCAGAGAGACUUCACCUGCAGAUGGAGGAAGAGCUGAACAGGGUCAAACAGGAGAUAAAGUCUGGGACGGAUGAGAGCCGUGCUUUGCGGAGCCGGAUCCACCUGGCUGUAGCAGCCCAGAAGCAGGCCAGGGGGAUGGAGAUGGAUUAUGAGGAGGUGAUUCAUCUCCUGGAGGCUGAGAUAGCCGAGCUCAAGGCCCAGAGGAACGAACAGCAGCAGCCCGGCCAGGCUAAGGAUGAGGUGGAGGAGCUGAAGAAGAGAGUGGCCGUUCUGGAGUGUCAACUACGUAAGAACGAGGGGGCCAAAAAGGGCUUUGAGGUGUCCAUGGGAAAACUGCUCAACUUCGUGGAGAAUGUCCAAGACUUCCUCAUUGAAAACCAAGGUCCCAUGAAGAGCUGUAGCUCUGGUGACAUGAAGCCCGGCGCUUCCUCUCAACUCCUGGGAGCCCGCGUGGGGAAGAAGUCCCAGUGGACGACAGCUACGCUAGCUGCAGAGGCUAAAGAACUCACACGGACUGUUAGAGCCAUCCUCGAGGUGGGCUGUAAGUGAUCUAUCAUCUUGACUCGUCGUGUUACGAGUCGACUUGCUGCAUGCCUGCAUAUCGUCUCUAUCCCUGGCCUAGCAUGCAAAUCCAAUCAGCUCAACCGACACUGAAUCACCACCGUAGUUUUGAUACCAACCUAAACUAACUGGAUAAAAGACACCAAACCAACCAAAUCACCUCCAUAGUUGCUAUGCCAACCAAAACCAACUGCAUAACCGACAUCAAACCACCUAGUUGCUAAGCCAAGUAAAACCAACCAGAUAACCAAAACCAAUCAGCUCAUCAUACACCAAGCCAACCUCCAUAGUUACCAAGCCAACCAAAGCCAACUGGAAAACAGACACCAAACCAACUCUGUAGUUACUAUACACAUAAUCUCAAUAGUUGUUUUUUAGUGGAGCAGCCUGUAAGAAAAUGAAGGACAUCCUUGAACUGGAGUAUCAGACAGCAGAAUAAAAGACAAUACAGCAGCUAAGCAACCUCGAGAUGUUCCAGCCUCUGUGUCCAGUGGAGUUGAAGAACCAGGGACUGAGUGUUAAGCAACCUCGAGAUGUUCCAGCCUCUGUGUCCAGUGGAGUUGAAGAACCAGGGACUGAGUGUUAAGCAACCUCGAGAUGUUCUAGCCUCUGUGUCCAGUGGAGAUGAAUGAACCAGGGACUGAGUGUUAAGCAACCUCGAGAUGUUCUAGCCUCUGUGUCCAGUGGAGAUGAAUGAACCAGGGACUGAGUGUUAAGCAACCUCGAGAUGUUCUAGCCUCUGUGUCCAGUGGAGAUGAAUGAACCAGGGACUGAGUGUUAAGCAACCUCGAGAUGUUCCAGCCUCUGUGUCCAGUGGAGAUGUUUUCCGUCCAUAUUUACUCAAGUUUUCUCUGUAGUCAUCGUCUAGUGGACGGACAGACUGAUCUUUCAUGCAACAUGAAAUGCAAUGCAAUGUUCUACUUCCUAUAGAUAUGUUUUGAAUGAUUUUUUUCCCCCCAGAAUUGUACAAGUGUAUCUAGAAAUGUACUAUAAGACCUUAGUCAAUACAAAACAUCAUCAUACGUACACCUGUGAUCAAGUCAGUAGCUAACCAUCAGUGUUGGGGAGUAAAUCAAAUAAAGGUUUAUUGGUCACGUACACAGUUUAGCAGGUGUAAUAGCUGUGCAGCGAAAUGCUUAUGUUGCUAGCUCCUAGCAAUGCAGUCAAAUGUCAAGCAAUUACAAUGUCAAGAAAAAUACAAAAAAGAAUGGUGGGACGAAUCCAAUUAACAACCCAAAUAGCAAUGUAGCAGUAUCAAAAUGUAAUCUAUACAUACACCGGGGGAAUUUACACCAGAUCAACUAAGAAUGUACAGCAGUAGACACAAUAAUGAACUAUGUCAAGAAUCCAGUAUAUAAAUAAAUAUGUGAUGCGCA